AUGAUCAUUCAUAGCGUCCACAAAAAGAGACAAUUGUUCAAAAUACCCAACAUAGGCAAGCUCAAGUUCUGGCUAGAUGUGAGGACAGCGCCAACACUCACGCUAUCUCCGUCUGGGGUCAGACAAGGUCCUGCGAGUGGAGCUGGGGCCUUCGUCUGUCCCUUUAGACCAUCACCUGAUGUUGCAUAUGAAAUCAGACAGGAGCAGGCAUCCCUGUAUGUCCAUGCAUUGUUCGGUCUGACGUGUAAAGACGUCACCUUGCUAAGCUGCCUCACAGCACCUACAGCCUUGAACUUCUUCAGGGUCAUCGAGACACGGUGGGAAGCCAUGUGUUGUGAUAUAGAACGUGGAAACAUCUGCAAGUGUCCUGGUCUGCAGGACGAUGUGAGGCUCAAGCUUCAGAAGCAUCUGACUGCUGAUGCAGAGAGAGCUGGUGAACUGAGAAGUAUCUUCAAGGAAGGCUUCCACAAUAUUGGACCACGAACCUGGCCAUGUUUAUCAGUGUUACACACAGCGUCAUCGGGAGCCUACAUUCCAGUGGUGGACAUUGGGCAGAGUUAUGAGAUGGUCAUCACCAACUGGUCAGGUCUGUACAGAUAUCGGACAGGAGAUAUCAUCCGUGUUACCAGCUUCACUGGUCAGGCGCCAAGCUAUGCUCUACAACAACGGACAGGAGACGGGUACGACAAAUACCCAGAGUUCCUGUUCACUGAAGCUGUUUUGAAAGCUUCCAGAACGUGGACGUCAGGAACGAUGUUUAACUACAUGGCUGUCGGCAACUUCAUCGUUGAGGAACUGACUGGUGAAAUAUCGACGACAGCGCACGUGUAUGUCUUCAUAGAACUGCUCGGUGAUGGAGCUUUGACUGAUCGAGAAAAACGUGUGAUCGACGAGAGUCUUCAAGAAACCCAGGAUAGGUACAAACGUUGCCGUUCAAGUGGAAGCUAUGCCCCUGCUGUUGUCGUUCAAGUGAGGCCUGGGACGUUAGAGGAAGUGAAGAAGAUCUACAUGAAGCUAAACCCCGAUCUUUACACAGAACAGUUCAAGUACCCAAAGUUUAUAAAACACAAAGACGUUGUAGCUUGUCUGUUGUCCCGCAGAGUGAAGUCUACCAGCUGA